AAACAAACCACUAAGUUAAAUUAGAAACAAGUUAAUUUUGAAGAUUAGAGUUGCAUGUGGGUAUCAAGUUACCAGACGUGCCCAGGCAGAUGCAGAGCACGAAGAAUCGGGUUAUGAGAUCCUACACACAUCAGUGAGAACACAGAUGGAACUGGGGAUUGUGGUGCGUGAGAUUCUCAAAGAGAGACCUCAUUUAAAAGUAAAUGCAGUCCUACACCGUCAGAAGAUUUGAAUGUGCCCGAAGACAAGUGUGAAAGCAGACUAAUUAAUCGUCACCCUGUAGCACCGGAAUAUCUUGUCAACACCUCAAACUGAACGACAUGUCUUCUAAAGAUCCCUACCAGUACAUAAUAGUGGAACACCAGUAUUGUCAUAAGUUCAAAGUGACUGUGUUACGAGCCGAACAUGUCACUAAGGGAGCUAUUGGCGACUUGCUUGAUACUCCUGACCCCUACGUUGAACUCUUCAUCUCCACGGCUCCAGAAAGCAGGAGGAGGACAAGGCAUAUUAACAACGAUGUCAAUCCCAAGUGGAAUGAGUCAUAUGAGUUCAUACUGGAUCCAAACCAGGAAAAUAUACUUGAGAUCACUCUAAUGGAUGCUAACUACGUUAUGGACGAGACUCUGGGCAGCGCGACAUUCCCCAUCUGCGGCGAAACAAUCCUAGUUGGGCAAACAAAGGAGGUGCCAUUCCUCAUCGGCAAAGUUACAAAAGUGUUUCUAGAGAUGACCCUUGAGGUGUGCUCAUCCACGGACCUGCGCUUCAGCAUGGCGCUGUGUGACAAAGAGAAGAUGUUCCGGCAGAAGCGCAAGGAGCGAGUGAUGCUGGGUAUAAAGAACCUCCUGAGAAUGGAGAAGGGUCGCUGUCUUCCAUCAUCACCUCGGGAUGUGCCAGUAGUUGCUGUACUGGGCUCUGGAGGUGGAUUUCGAGCCAUGGUGGGGUUCUCUGGGGUGAUGAAGGCUCUCUAUGAAUCUGGGGUUCUGGACUGUGUUACAUAUGUUGCGGGACUGUCAGGAUCCACAUGGUACAUGUCAACGCUGUAUUCUCACCCGGACUUCCCGACGAAAGGGCCACAGGAGAUCAACCAGGAGCUGAUGAAACGCGUCAGCAGCAACCCGCUUUUCCUGCUCCGGCCGCAGAAUAUCAAACGCUACAUCGAGGCUCUGUGGAAGAAGAAGGCCUGCGGACAGCCAGUCACCUUCACUGACAUCUUCGGCAUGCUCAUUGGGGAGACCCUCAUCCACGAUAGAAUGAACUUUAAAAUGAGCCACAUGCAGGACAAGAUCAAUGAAGGACAGAGUCCUCUGCCAUUAUUCACCUGUCUGCAUGUCAAGCCUGAUGUCUCAGAGCUCAUGUUUGCAGAUUGGGUAGAGUUCAGCCCCUAUGAGAUUGGAAUGGCUAAGUAUGGGACAUUCAUGCCUCCUGAUAUGUUUGGAAGCAAAUUCUUCAUGGGAACGGUGGUGACAAAAUACGAGGAGAACCCCCUGCACUUCCUCAUGGGUAUAUGGGGCAGCGCUUUCUCCAUUCUCAUCAACAGAGUGCUGGGUGUCUCCAGCUCAGACAACUCAGGAUCCACCAUGGAGGAGGAGCUUGAAAAUAUUAAGCCUCAGCACAUCGUGGGAGAGGACGGUCUGGACGGUGAAGAAGAACCUCGCAAAGUAGGAUCAGAGAACCUGGAGGAGGAGGAGGAGUACCAGAAAAAAGCACAGGCCAGCUGGGUUCAGCGCAUGUUCACUGCAAUGAUCAGCGACUCCACCCUCUUCAACACUCGUGAGGGGCGGGCCGGCAAAGUGCACAACUUCAUGCUGGGCCUCAACCUCAACACUGCCCUCACCUACUCCCCCUUCAGAGACCUCAUGUACCAGAACUCUGUGGAGGAGGAGCAAUCUGUGGUAACAGAUCCAGACGAGUUUGACCAGAUCUACGAGCCCCUGGAUGUAAAGAGUAAGAAGAUCCACGUGGUGGACAGCGGACUGACCUUUAACCUGCCGUACCCCCUGAUCCUGCGACCCCAGCGAGGGGUCGAUCUCAUUAUCUCCUUCGACUUUUCUGCUCGGCCAAGUGACUCCAGCCCGCCCUUCAAGGAGAUUUUGCUGGCAGAAAAAUGGGCCAAAAUGAACAAACUGCCCUUUCCCAAGAUCGACCCCAAAGUGUUUGACAGAGAAGGCCUGAAGGAAUGCUAUGUGUUCAAGCCUGAGAAAGGCUACAAAAACUGCCCAACAGUCAUCCACUUUGUGCUAGCCAACAUCAAUUUCACUAACUUUAAGGCUCCAGGCGUACCGAGAGAAACCCAGAAAGAGAAGGAAUAUGGUGAGUUUGAUAUCUUUGAUGAUCCUGAAUCGCCGUACUCCACCUUCAAUUUCCGGUACUCCAACCAAGCGUUCAAACAGCUGCACGAUCUGAUGGAGUUCAACACGCUCAACAACAUUGAAGUGAUAAAAGAAGCUAUCAUUGAUAGUAUUAAAUUCAGGAAGGAGAAUCCAUCCCGCUGCUCUGUGUCUCUCAACGAUAUUGGAUCCGGAAAGUAUUUCAAUAAAGAACCCCACGGCAAACUCCACACCUAACAAAGCCACUUCCAACGAGAAGGGCUGUACCAGCUGUGCUUGUCAUUGCAUCUCAUCAGCACGUUAUCAGAUACAUCUACAGUAUGCAUGAUAGAAUCUGAAUAUUAGCAGAAGAGGUGUCUGAAAUACUUAGAUAGAGGUGGAUAUUCUGUGUUCCGGGUGAUCAUGGUAACAAGCCACAUCAUGGUGCAAGUCAUUUGGCUGGUUCCGCAGACCCCAAAGCACUAAUCUUGGACUACCUAAUGUUACUGCAGAUAAAGUGGUCUGUGAAGCCAGCUGAUUUAAGCAUGGUACAAUUAGUAAACCCAAAUCAGGCUGAACUGUGCAUCGUCAUUUGCAUUACUAAACAGUUGAUGUUGUGAUGUUAUGACAGAAGUGCAUAGAUAUAUAUUUUCUCUAGCUGAAUUUUUUUGUUCUGGAAAAUGUUUUUUUCCAGUGUGGGUUUUAUAAAGGCAGACCUUUUUUUUUUUUUUCCUAGGAAGAAAACAUGUGAUAAAACAGUCACAGUUAUAACUAACUUAUAAAAUAAGAAAAAGAAGAAAAAAAGCAAGAGUGCAUUACAAAGAGACUGGACAGUUUAUUUAUGAAUAGAUUUGUAGUUUGGAUUGCAGAACUGGACCUAAAAACAAUUGUGACAUCAUAACAAGCUACAAAACCUUCCUGGAAAUUAAAUGUAUCUGAAUUUCAUAUUCAUCAUCCCAUGCAAAAAAAAAUAAUAAAAUACUUAUUACAUUCCUAUGGGAUCAUGUGAUUGGGACUUCUUUAUCUUACCACAAGUCUAUUUGUAGUAUUUUAACCCAGUGUAGUUUAUGUGUACUGCAUGGUCAUUUUACAGAUGAGAGUGGAUGUUCUAAUCUGAAGUAUGGUCAUGGUAAGCGUUGUCUGAUUAUUUAAUGAUUUGUGAUAUUUUGUACUUGAUGCUUGGUUGCUAUAGUAAUCCGUAGUUCAUGAUCUUGUCUCAGCAUACUCAGCAUUUUAGGGCUAACACUAGGAUAUCUGCAUGCAAUGCAUAUAUUUGUUUGUGGUGUGAACAGCAUGGUUUUAUAUUUCUUUUUAUAUCUUUGUAGAGACUGUUUUUGGCUGUUUUUCCCCAAAUGUGAACUUGAAGGUUGGGGUUCCUCUACUUGUUUCUGGAUAAAAAGUGAAUUGUUGCAUCAUAACACAGGUCCAGUAGAGUAAUUUGGUUUCCUUCAAAGGAUGAGGCUGAGGCUUAUCAGAAUGAGGCAGAAUGCCCUGCAUUAUUGCAACCUACACUAAACCGUACUGGAACAGAACGUGCUGCAUUGAGACCACAGAGUGAGUUCCGACCAUCAAAUUUGCAUUCCACAAAUUCAACGUAUUUUCUUUCUUUUAUUUUUAACUUUUAAAAUGUGUGAGUGGAAGACAAUCAGCCAGGACCGAUCUGAGCAUUGGGAGCUGUUGGGGGGUCCAGUUUAGUCUUUGAUUGAAAGGUUGUCCUAUCCAACUAUCUGUAUCAGAACAAAGCAGUAUAUGUCA